AUUAAGAUUAUAAAUAAACAUUAUCUUUAUUUUCGGAAAAAAAACCUCAUGCACUUAGAAAACCACAUAAUAAAAGCGAUUUCACCGGAAGAUAUACAACACUUAGGAAGUGAAAACUUCAUUAGUUUGGAGAGUGAACACCAGGCUCUUGAUCACUUAAAUAGACUUUCCACUCAAUUAACUGUUGGCAACGCACAGAAUAAGAAGGCCUUGGACCUGCUCUUCCAACAUCCUUUGGAGCCGGUGUUCGCAACACGUGAUAACGGCAAGGCAAUACUCGAUGUGCCAGACAGUUUUUACACCGAGCAAUAUGCCGAAGUCAAGGAGGACAUACAAAAUCGUUUUGGCGAAGAGGUCGAUGUGAAGAUACCCAUUAAAGAUUUGCGACUGAAACCAAAUUUGGAUUUCACCAGCUUACUCACCAAACGCAGCCAGUUCUCACUCUUCUAUGCACCACAUCGACGCAUUGCCGCACAGUUGAUACAAUUGUUGCUGGAGCCCAACAACGAAGAGGAUUUCAUUGCAUUGGCUGCUUAUGUGAAGGAUCGUGUCAACGCUUUCCUCUUCCAAUAUGCCUUCGCCGUGGCUGUGCAACAUCGCAAGGAUACCGCUGGCUUUCAGGUGCCAGUGAUUGUAGAACAAUUUCCGAAGAACUUUGUUGAACCAUCAGUGUUUCAAGACGCACGCGCCGAGGGUAAAUUGGUACCUGACCCAGGUAAUCGGCGACGCAUCGAUAUUCCGCAAAACUUUACCGCCUCCGAUCGUGAAGAGGAGCAACGUUUGAGCUACUUCCGUGAGGAUAUUGGCGUUAACAGUCAUCACUGGCAUUGGCAUUUGGUCUAUCCCGGUUCGGGUCCCGAGGAAGUUGUGCGCAAGGAUCGGCGCGGUGAACUCUUCUACUACAUGCAUCACCAGCUGAUGGCACGUUAUAAUGUGGAGCGAUUCUGUAACGCUUUAGCUAAGCUGCAGCCUUUGAACAAUAUACGUGAACCCGUCGAUGAAGGUUACUUCCCGAAAAUAUUGUGCAGUCUCAAUAGUCGCACCUACCCGGGACGUGUGUCCAAAACGAAGUUAAAAGAUAUUGACCGUGAUGGACGUGUGUUAGAAUUGGCUGAUAUUGAGCGUUGGAUUAAUCGUGUAGUGCAAGCUAUCGAUCAAGGUUACGUAACAGAUUCUCGCGGCAACAACCUUCCACUGGACGAAGUUAAGGGCAUCGAUUUACUCGGCGAUAUUAUUGAGUCUUCCGACCUCUCAGUCAAUUCUGGCUUCUAUGGUGAUCUGCAUAAUCAGGGACACAAUGUCAUUUCAUUUUCACACGAUCCCGAUAAUCGCUUCUUGGAGGACUUUGGUGUUAUGGGCGAUGUUACAACUGCUAUGCGAGAUCCCAUUUUCUAUCGCUGGCAUGGUUAUUUGGACGUGCUUUUCAAUCGUUUUAAGGAGAAGUUGCCUCUCUAUGGGCCACAGGAGUUGGGUUAUGAUGGCGUGACUGUACAACGUGCUGAUGUGCGUAUCAUAAGCGCAUCGAAGAAUAUCAUAAACACACUGCUAACCUAUUGGGAAAAAUCCGAUGUAGACUUGGCUGCCGGUCUUGAUUUUGGACCAGGUGGUAGUGUUUAUGCGCUAUUCACACACUUGCAACACUCACCAUUCGAAUAUUUGAUUGAGGUGAAUAACAAUACUGGCGCACCGAAGCGAGGCACUUGCCGAAUUUUCCUCUGUCCCAUCACUGAUGAGCGUGGCACACCAUUAAGUUUGAAUGAGCAGCGUCAGCUUGCUAUCGAGCUGGAUAAGUUCACCGUGAACUUAAUGCCUGGCGUCAAUAAAAUCAAUCAAUCCUAUGACAAUUCCAGCGUGACCAUACCCUAUGAGCGUUCCUUCCGUCGCAUCGGCACCGGACACUUGCCAAAUGAUCCCCAGAAAUUAGCAGAAUUCCGUUUCUGCGGCUGUGGUUGGCCCGCACAUAUGUUAUUGCCAAAAGGUAAGCCUGAGGGUAUGCCAUUCGAGCUAUUUGUUAUGAUCUCUAACUAUGAAGGCGAUGCAGUGGUACAAAGAAAUAAUGCUCCCGAUGUUUGUGGUGAUGCUGCUUCAUUCUGCGGUCUCAAGGAUAAAUUGUAUCCCGAUAAGCGUGCCAUGGGUUAUCCUUUCGACAGGCGCUUACCAGCUGAUACAUUGACAGCAUUGACAGACAAUUUCAGUAACAUGAAGAAGACACCGAUCAAGAUACUCUUCCGUAAUGAGGUCGUCGAUAGGAAGCCAUUCCAAGUGCUCUUUCAGAGUCCACUGGAACCCAUCUACUCUUGUCGGGAUAACAGUAAAUGUAUAUUUCAGUUACCAGAUUCCUAUUACGCAGAGCAUGAACUGGAUAUAAAGGAGAUAUUGCAACAGCGCUAUGCAGAUAGCAAGCUUACAAAGUUUAUUAUAACUGAGCUGCCAACGAAACCGGAUCUCUCAUUUGCUAAUAAGUUGAGCAAAAGACAAAAUUUUUCACUUUUUAACUGGCAACACAAGGAGAUAGCAGGAAAGCUCAUUAGACUGCUCAUGGCAGCUGAUGACUUGGACAGCUUUCUAAGCUUGUGUGUGUAUGUCAGGCAUCACUUAAAUCCUAUGCUCUUCCAAUAUUGCUACUCUGUUGCCUUGCUUCAUCGCCCAGAGACACAAGGCAUUUGGGUGCCGCCCAUAGCGGAAAUAUUUCCAUCCAACUUUGUUGAACCUUCAGCAUUUCAAGAGAUGCGUAGGUCUUUGACACUGAAGGGGAUUAAGAAGCCCCGCAUCCAAAUCCCUCACAACUAUACCGCCUCCGAUCGUGAGUUCGAACAACGUUUGGCUUAUUUUCGUGAGGAUAUUGGCGUCAAUAUGCAUCACUGGCAUUGGCAUUUGGUUUAUCCGAAUAGUGGCUCAGCAGAGAUCAUCAAAAAGGAUCGACGUGGUGAACUUUUCUAUUAUAUGCAUCAACAGAUUUUGGCACGUUACAAUGCCGAACGUUUUAGUAAUAAAUUAGCCAAGACUUUACCGUUAAAUAAUUUACGUGAACCCGUCGCUGAGGGUUAUUAUCCCAAAUUACUCGAUCAUGCACAUCAGCGCACCUAUCCUGGACGGAGUAGUAAUCAACAGCUGCAGGAUGUCAACCGUGAAGACGCAACUAUAGAGAUCGCUGAUCUGGAGCGUUGGUGUGAUCGCAUAUUGGCAGCCAUCGAUCAGGGUUAUGUGGUGGAUCCCAACGGCGUGAAAUUUCAACUGGACGAGGUAUCCGGCAUCGAUAUACUAGGCAAUAUCGUUGAGGAGUCCGAUCUCUCAAUAAAUAAGCGCUACUAUGGGCAACUGCAUAAUAUGGGGCAUAAUUUAAUAGCCAGCGUGCAUGAUCCGGAUCAUCGGCAUAUGGAGGAGUUUGGAGUGAUGGGUCAUAAUAUGACCGCUAUGCGUGAUCCCAUAUUUUACCGUUGGCACACAUAUAUAGAUAAUAUUUUUACGAAAUAUAAGCGCCUGUUGCCGCCAUACGAUGUGCAACAACUCGGUUACGCUCAAAUCGAGUUAUGUGAAAUUCAAGUUCAGACACAAACACUGCAGGAACCCAAUCAGUUUGAGACAUUUUGGCAAAACUCUGAAGUUGACUUGGCGGCUGGCAUGGAUUUUGUCGCGGAUCAUGGUUUAUUUGCCUCUUUUACACAUCUACAGCACUCGCCUUUUGAGUAUCGGUUUGUGGUGGCAAAUAGAGGGGGACGUAUGAAGCGUGGCACUUGUCGCAUUUUCCUUUGCCCCAAGACUGAUGAACGCGGUAAGGCGCUGCGGUUGGAGGAGCAACGCUUAAUGGCUAUUGAAUUGGACAAAUUUACCGUUAAACUUUUCCCCGGCGAAAAUCAUAUCAAUCGUCUUUCCACUGAAUCAUCUGUGACUAUCGCUUUUGAACGUACAUUUGGGCGUACCAGCAAUAGAGACGUCCUCUCUGCGGUCGCGCCGGAGCUCAACACGCGUCUGCACUUUUGCGGUUGCGGUUGGCCUCACUAUAUGUUGUUGCCAAAAGGCAAAGCUCGCGGCAUGGAAUUCGAUUUAUUCGUCAUGUUAUCGGACUAUGCUGGUGAUGCCGUAGAGCAAGGAGAAGAACGUCUAUGUAACGACGAUGCGGCCUCAUAUUGUGGUCUACGUGACAAAUUAUAUCCCGAUAAACGUACAAUGGGAUAUCCUUUCGAUAGACGUUUACAAGCUGAUAAUCUUAAUGAGCUCGUUGAACAAUAUGGAAACAUGCAAAAAAUUGAUGUGACCAUCACAUUUAAGGACGAGAUAAAAGCGAGUAGUGAUGCAGCAAAAAUCGCAUAA